AUGGCCUCUCGAGCAACAUCACCGUCACCACCAACAGAUCAAUUGAAAGAAGAUACUGAAUCUACGAUCGAACCAACUCAACGGAUUGCAUCACCACCUCCAGUUUUACCUAGUAUUACCCAGGAAGAUGGAGGAAGUGAUACCUUUGGAUUCGAACUACUUGAGUUAGCAAGAAAACAAGAAACUGAGAAUCAAGCAUUACUUCACUUCCUCUCAGGAUCAACUGAAACUCCUUCGAAACCUGAAUUAACAAAACCUGAAUCAAAAGAAAAGGCAAUCUCAAGUUUCAAUGAUCAUAAAGGAUUAAAUUCAGAAGCAUUAUUAGAUGAUUUAAUUCCUUCAAAAGAUCCUUGUUAUCUUAAUAUGAAAUUAAGAGAUUCAUCUGUUUUACUUUUACAUUCGAUCACAGCUGAAAGUGUUUAUUCAUUUAUAAUUUCUUUAGCUAAAGAUUGUUAUGAAAUUUAUUUUGGUUCGACAUCAAACCAAAAUACUUUAGAAAAGGAUCAAGAA